AGUUGAGGAAUGUCCUCUGAGUGCAUAAAAACCACUUAAGACACCAGCAGAAGUCAGUUGAAUGAAAGGRAGAAUAAAGAAACUUUGGAACUUUUUUAAAGAACAAAAGAAGAGGAUUUAUAUUGAAGCAGGAGCUCCUUUUUAAUUUUAAUUUUUAUUAUUUUUGAGAUACUUUUUCAUUCAAAGGAGUUUUUCUUUAGAUUUGAAGAUGAUGCUGUGUGGCAUCUUUUUGCUCUUUCUAUUGUGGAGCUGUGAGAGUGCAAGACUGGCAGAGAGUCACAGUGACAACAGUGUGUAUGAUUUAUUUGACCUGGUUCGGGUGAAUAAGAGACACAACGGAGUGAGUCUGGUCAAAGGCGCAGACCCAUACAGCCCCGCGUACAAAGUCCUGAACGCAGACCUGAUCCCCCCGCUCCCCGACAGCUCCUUCAGGGACCUCCUCGACUCCAUCCAGGCCGAGCGCGGCUUCCUCCUCCUCAUCAACCUGAAGCAGUUCAAGAAAACCCGGGGCAGCCUCCUGACCAUCGAGAAGACCGACGGAUCCGGGCCCGUCUUCGAGAUCAUCUCCAAUGGCAAGGCGAACACCCUGGAUUUGGUGUACUCCACUGAGAACCAGCUGCAGGUGGUCUCCAUCGAGGACGCGGACCUGGCCAAUGGACACUGGAAGAACCUGACRCUGUUCGUCCAGGAGGACAGGGCUCAGCUGUUUGUUGGCUGCGAGGAGAUCAAUGUGUCUGAACUGGAUGUGCCCAUCCAGACCCUGCUGGCCCGGGAGCUGGCAGACAAAGCUAGACUCAGGAUUGGAAAGGGGGCUGCAAAGGACAAGUUCAUGGGUGUGCUUCAGAAUGUUCACUUCGUGUUUGGCACAACUCUGGAAACCAUUCUAAGAAAUAAGGGAUGCCAYAGUGGAGCAGCCCUAACCGAUGUCAUGACCCUGGAUAACCCGGUUAAUGGUUCCAGCCCUGCUAUUAGGACUGAUUACACUGGCCACAAAUCCAAAGAUCUGAACACUGUCUGCGGCUUCACUUGUGAGGACAUCACCACCAUGUUUAAGGAGCUCCGGGGACUCACUGUUAUCGUUAAACAGCUGUCAUAUGAGCUCCAGAAAGUGUCUACAGAUAGCCAGCUUCUGAAAAAUCUGAUGGACAUCCACAGUGGUGUCUGCAUCUAUAAUGGGAUUGUGCACAAGGAUCAAGAUGAAUGGACAGUGGACGGCUGCACUGAGUGUACCUGUCAGAACUCUGCUACCGUGUGUCGCAAAAUCUCCUGCCCUCUCAUCCCAUGUGCCAACGCCACUGUGCCUGAUGGAGAAUGCUGCCCUCGCUGUGGAACGCCAAGUGACUACGCAGAGGAUGGCUGGUCUGCCUGGUCUGACUGGACCCAUUGUUCGGUGACUUGUGGCCGCGGCAUCCAGCAGCGUGGACGUUCCUGUGACCGCAUCAACAGCAAGUGUGAAGGCACCUCAGUGCAGACCCGUGACUGCUAUCUGCAGGAAUGUGACAAACGCUUCAAACAGGACGGAGGCUGGAGCCACUGGUCGCCCUGGUCAUCAUGCUCUGUGACUUGUGGUGAAGGGGUCAUGACACAAAUCCGCCUCUGCAACUCCCCCACACCACAGAUGGGGGGCAGGGAUUGUCAGGGAGAGGGACGUCACACCAAAGUCUGCAAAAUGUCACCCUGCCCUGUCAAUGGAGGUUGGGGCCCUUGGUCACCAUGGGAUUCUUGCUCUGUUACCUGUGGUGGGGGUAUCCAAACCCGUAAGCAUCUCUGCAAUGACCCUGAACCCAAGUAUGGAGGAAAGGAUUGUGUUGGUGAUGCUACAAUGGUUCGAGUUUGCAACAAACAGGACUGCCCUAUUGAUGGCUGUCUUUCCAACCCAUGCUUCCCUGGGGCAAAGUGCACCAGCUUCCCUGAYGGCUCUUUUGAGUGCGGCAAGUGUCCACUUGGCUACACAGGCGACGGGAUCACAUGCAAGGAUAUUGAUGAGUGCAAAGAGGUCCCGGAUGCUUGCUUUAGUCUUAACGGAAUCCAUCGCUGUGUGAACACUGAGCCUGGUUACAACUGCCUUCUCUGUCCUGCACGGUUUUCUGGUCCUCAACCCUUCGGAAGAGGAGUGGAACAGGCCACUGCUAAGAAACAGGUUUGCACUCCCCGUAACCCAUGCAAGGAUGGUAGCCACGACUGCCAUAAAAAUGCAAACUGCAUCUACUUGGGCGUUUUCUCCGAGUCCAUGUUCCGCUGUCAGUGCAGGCCAGGGUAUGCUGGGAACGGCCGCAUUUGCGGAGAAGACACUGAUCUGGAUGGAUGGCCCAACACUGAUCUGGUGUGUGUGGAGAACGCCACUUAUCACUGCAAAAAGGAUAACUGCCCCAAUCUUCCCAACUCUGGGCAAGAAGAUCACGACAAAGAUGGCCUUGGAGACGAAUGUGACCAUGAUGAUGACAAUGAUGGAAUUCCCGAUGAUAGGGACAACUGCCCAAGAGUGUACAACCCCGGCCAGUAUGACGCAGACAGGGAUGAUGUUGGCGACAGCUGUGACAACUGCAUUUUUGAAGCCAACACCGACCAAGCAGACACAGACAACAAUGGAGAGGGKGAUGCCUGUGCUGUUGACAUUGAUGGUGAUGGCAUUCUGAAUGAGAAUGACAACUGCCCGUAUGUUUACAAUGUGGACCAGAGAGAUACAGACGGGGACAAAGUGGGAGAUCAUUGUGACAACUGUCCUCUGGAGCAUAACCCAGACCAGAUCGACUCCGACUCGGACCUCAUAGGAGACAAGUGUGACAACAACCAGGACAUUGACGAGGACGGUCACCAGAACAACUUGGACAACUGCCCRUACAUCCCCAACGCCAACCAGGCAGACCAUGACAAGGACGGCAAGGGAGAUGCCUGCGACCACGAUGACGACAAUGAUGGCAUUCCCGAUGACAAGGACAACUGCCGACUGGCGUUUAACCCUGAUCAGCUGGAUUCUGAUGGUGAUGGUCGUGGAGAUGUGUGCAAAGAUGAUUUUGACCAAGACAAUGUUCUGGACAUUAAUGACGUGUGCCCCGAGAACUUUGACAUCAGUGAAACCGACUUCCGCCGAUUCCAGAUGGUUCCYUUGGACCCCAAGGGUACUUCACAGAUUGAUCCCAACUGGGUGGUGAGGCAUCAAGGCAAAGAGUUGGUGCAGACUGUCAACUGUGACCCUGGCAUUGCUGUUGGUUACGAUGAGUUCAGCGCUGUGGAUUUCAGUGGGACCUUCUUCAUCAACACAGACAGAGAUGACGACUAUGCUGGGUUCGUGUUUGGCUAUCAAUCUAGCUCCCGCUUCUACACGGUGAUGUGGAAACAGAUCACACAGACCUACUGGUCCAACACGCCUACAAGAGCUCAAGGCUACUCUGGCCUGUCAAUCAAAGUGGUCAAUUCUACCACAGGACCUGGUGAACACUUGAGAAAUGCUCUGUGGCACACUGGCGAUACCCCAGGACAGGUGCGCACUCUGUGGCACGACCCCAAGAACAUUGGGUGGAAGGACUUCACUGCUUACAGAUGGCAUCUCAUWCACAGACCCAAGACUGGACUUAUUAGAGUGAUCAUGUAUGAAGGCAAGAAAAUAAUGGCUGAUUCUGGAAAUAUCUAUGACAAAACAUACGCUGGUGGGCGGCUUGGAUUGUAUGUCUUCUCUCAAGAGAUGGUUUACUUCUCAGACCUUAAAUAUGAAUGUAAAGAUACAUAACUGCACCCCCGACAACUUUCCAGAAGAAUGUAUCAGUGCAGAUCUGUCAUAAACGGUCCGGAUCGAUUUCAGUUUUUUCUCUGAGGUUUGCACAUUGGAGGCAAGUGAGCUAACAUGGGGGAAAGGGACCUCAUGAGUUAAAGCCAAAUGAAAGUAAAAUUAUAAGCCUGCACCAAAAGAAAAAAAAGAUUGUGAGUUYGGCUCUGCUAAGAAGUGAGCUCUCAAUCUGAUCUGCAUUGAAAGAGGGACACAUUUUCUUUUAUUUUUUYAUUUWAAUUUUUAUUUUUUGCUUUGCACACCUGAACUGUUUUUCCUCUGUGGACGAGGGACCAAAGGGAAGAGUGUUUAUUUUUUUAUAAUAUUUUGUGGAGCAUUAACAUACAUCUGCUGUGGACUCAAAGAUGCAUUGCUCAAUAUGAAGAAAGCAGUUGGGAGAACUUUUGGGGCGGGGGAUAAAAAAAAUCACCCAUGAAGGAGCUGUUGAGGGACCACGGACAGUAUGGAAUGACUGUUACUAUUAAAGAGAGUGAAUGUUGUGCGUUUCUGCAUGUGUGACAACCCAACAAGCAAAGCGAUGAAGAAAAUUUGAUUUGAAAUUUAGUUUGAACUACUCUGAUGCUUCCUCACACCGUUUGUUACAGACAUGGUUUCGUCUGUAGAAGAGACGUAGAGCUGGCCCAGUACUUUACUCCUCUCAGGAAAGAAAAUGUCAAAACGCUAGCAGGAUUGCAGAAAAUUCAAGAUGGCAUAAGAUAAAUUAUCAGCAAAUUAUACCUUUUGUGUUUACUGAACAACAGGGGACUCAAACAAUGAGGGUUAGUCAAGUUUCUGUAAAAAGUAUAACCUUUGGGUUUAUUCAUCUCAUGYAACUUGCUUAGGAGCCUUUUGCAAGCACCUGAAAUCAACACCUUUUAAAUAUAUAAAAUGACUUCUAAUCGGGGGAGAAAAAUAUGAAAUAUUCUGCUUCGGCACAGUGUGCAUGACCAGUGUGCCUAGGUUUGUGUUUCUGACAAAAGUGGGGCAAAAGGAAACCCUUUGUGUACAAUUAUUACCUCAUAUUUGUUUUGUGUUGAGGCCAGCAACACACAAGAAUCACUUGUAGCAACAACAAAAAAUGUUGGCUUCAUUGUCUUUCUUUCUUUUUCUUUUUUUAAAGCAAGACUUUUGUAUCAUUUUUAUGCUGUAUAUGAGAUAUUUUUGUAGUAAACCUAAACAGGAAAGGGUAAAAAUCCAUGUUGUCUUGUUUUGCUUGAUGUAUUUCCUGUGCUCUUUUGAUAAAUUAUUCUGUUUAUGGUUUAUUUGUGUAGAUAUAUGCUAUUUAAAUAAUUUAUCUAGAGGUGUAACCUCUUACGGAAGCGUUUCUAUCUGUAUAAACCUUUUUGCACACUGACAUGAGGAUGUCUUUGUUUUUUGUUUUUUUGAUUUUUUUGUAUGUCCUUUUUUAUUAUUAGUGAAGCUUUUCUAUAAACAUUUGUACCAUAGUGCUGUUUAUACUCUUGUUUUUUUUUAUCAUGUCAACUGAACAAUAAACAUAUAGAAAAUGAUAA